UAUCGACUCAAUUGUUGCUUAUAUCUAAUUGGAUGUGAAAUGAAAAAGCGCACAGAAAUCUCAAACGUUCAAGAGAGACAUAAACGACUUGUAGGGAAAGGAGGGAGUGUACCUUUGCAACUCUGCCAUGUGAUGGAUGGAUUUAGGGAGGAACUUCUGCCUCUCUGAAUUCCCAAACCUUUUCCUUCUCUUGGCCUCUACCACUGCGUUCAAUAAUUUUCUCUGCCAACAAACAAAAAAGGAAAAAGUGCCAGAAAGUGAAAGAAAAUAAGAGGAAAAGCUGAAUAUCAUCUAUUCGAGCUCUGCGUAUACUUCAUAUGAUCUGCUGACGAAGAAGAAAAGAAUCAUAUGGCGCCAUUGAAGUUCAGAGACAGUAAAUGUUAAUGGUAUUACUUUCAUUUUCAACAACCUGUCACGAUCUUAUGGAAUUUGAAUUCUUUCAGAGUUCCUUUCAACUUAGGUUCCUUGCAAAUGUGAACUCGUUACAACGGCUGCUGUUGACUUUUGGCAAGUAAAAAUCAUUAUUGAGAUGGCUGAAUUGCUGUUGGGCACACCACAAGAUACAUUUGUCUGAUUUUCACUCUUUGUGUUGCAUGGCUUGAAUCUGUCUUCUUAAUCCAGAUUUGUUGUUGGUUGAUUGAACUCUCUCUGCGAGGCAAAUCUAUCUCCUUUGGCAGUGGGCAAAUCCUGAUUGGAACUUUGGCUUUCAUUCAGGGGCAAAUCUCCUUGGGCAAUAUAAAUUGGUUUUAAAAUAAAAUAUCUUUUAAGAGAAUUUGGCAACAUAUAUACACAUAUAUUUGAUUAUCAAAGAUUCAGCUCUGUUGGGCAAAUCUCCUUUGGCAAAAUUCACAAGUUUCCUCUGGUUGGCCAGAGCUGUUUUGGCAGUUAUACUUGAGGAGGUUUUCAAAAAUUGUCAUCUUCUCAUUCUCCUGGAACUCCAAUCUGGCUAUCGGGCAGAUCUCCUUUGGCACUGAGUAUCUUUCCUUUGGGACUUUCACUCAUCUUGGUUGAGAAAAUCUCCUUUCGCAGUUUCUUCUAGUGUCAGUCCAUUUUUUGGGCAAAUCUCCUUUGGCAAUUGGGAGUCUCAAGUAGACUCCCUUUAUCUCUAUUUGGCAAAUCUCCUUUGGCAUUAAUCUCCAAUCCUUUGGAGAUACUAUCUUGAUCUCUGCAGUCCAAGAUCAGAUUGAUCUUGAAAACGUAGAUAUAUUUUUGAAGAAUUAUAGUGAUAUUUAUUAUCACUUCAUCCUUUGAUGUCCAGCACCACUUGCUGAUCCUUAUUGCAAUCUAUUCAGCUUAAGAUAACAUUUCGACAGGCAAAGGUGUUGACUGUUCUGAACCAUAAGGCAAGGUGCAAAUCUGGUGGCAUUCACAAGAUGGAUUUGGACCUGAGUGACUUCGACAGUUUCAGUGUGACUAGUAGCAGUGAGGAUCUAGAUGAUAUUGAAUUUUUGUAUGGUGGGCAGGCCUGUAACAUUUUGUCAAGUCUGGAGGAAACCAUCGGAAAGAUUGAUGAUUUUCUCUUGUUUGAGAAGGAAUUUAUACAUGGGGACAUCGUGUGCUCCAAGACAGAUCCAUCCGGACAGAUGGGCAGAGUGGUCAAUAUAGAUAUGUUUGUGGACUUGGAAAAUGUUCAUGGAAAAAUGAUAAAAGAUGUGGAUUCUAAAAACCUUCAAAAGCUUCGUUCCAUUUCAGUGGGGGAUUAUGUAGUGUAUGGACCAUGGCUUGGAAAAGUGGAUAAAAUAGUUGACUGUGUCACCAUCCUGUUUGAUGAUGGUUCAAAGUGUGAUUUCACCACCAUGGGUCCAGAGAAGCUCCUACCUAUUUCUCCCAACUUACUUGAAGAUUCACGAUACCCUUAUUAUCCAGGACAGAGAGUGCUGGUCGAGCUCUCAUCUGUUUCCAAAUCAGCUAGAUGGUUAUGUGGUACUUGGAAGGCGAAGCGAGAUGAAGGAACUGUUUGUGCUGUGGAAGCAGGAUUGGUGUAUGUUGAUUGGCUUGGCUGUGCUCUGGUCAGUUGUGAGAGGGUGCUUGCUCCCCCAUGUUUGCAGGAUUCAAAAAAACUGACCUUGUUGUCAUGUUUCUCACAUGCAAACUGGCAGCUUGGCGAUUGGUGUAUACUUCCAUUUGCUGACUGUAAAGGUGGUAUUGAGCAUAUCUUUCUUUAUACAUCCUCUUGUGAGCCCAUUAAAGGGCAUAAACAAUCAGACAAAGAAUUUCAUAGAAGAAACUUCACUUCGAAUUUUCAGGAUCUCUUUGUUAUUGUGAAGACAAAAACCAAAGUUGAUGUUCAGUGGCAAGAUGGCAGCCACUCAUUGGGUUUAGAUUCACAAUCCCUGUUCCCCAUAAAUAUUGUUGAUGCUCACGAUUUUUGGCCUGGACAAUAUGUAAUUGAAAAGAACACUUGUGAUGAUCCACAUGUUCCUAGCAGCAGAAGAUGGGGCAUUGUGAGGAGCUUGGAUCCGAAGGAAAAAACUGUGAAGGUCAAAUGGCAAACUUCUGAAGUAAAUCGAGCAUCUGAUUUGCUGGGAGAGCAGAUCGAGGAAACUGUGAGCGCUUAUGAACUAACUGAGCACCCAGAAUAUUCCUAUUGUCUUGGUGAUGUAGUGUUUAGUUUAGGAAAGAGUCAGCCGGUUGAUCAUGUUCAUGGAAAAAUUUACAAAAACCCCGACUCCUUAAAAAUGGAAAUGGGCGAGGAGGCUGAUCUGAAGGGUAUGUACUGUGGGGGAGAUCAAAAUGAGUUCCCCAACAAUAGUUACUUAUCAUGUAUUGGAAUUGUUAUGAGCUUCAAAGAUGGGACUGUUGAGGUGAAAUGGGCUACUGGUCUUAUUACCACGGUUGCCCCUUGUGAAAUCAUUCAGAUGGAUAAAUUUGAAGGUUCAUCUGCCUUUCCAGUAAUCAAUGAGGAAAACAAUGAGCAAUUGAAUCAAGAGAUUACCGAACAUGACAAGCCUUCUUUGCACUGGAAAGGAAAGGAAUUAUUGGACUCUAGUUUCUAUUCCCUUCCUCAAGCUGCUGUUGGGUUUUUCACGAGCAUUGUGGCAAACCUAUUCGGGCCUCUUGGUUCCACAUCACUACCAGGUAUAUCUGAGCAUGUUUUAGAAGCUGCGCCUGAUGGGACCAAUGAGGAGGAACUGGAAUUUCGCAAUUUGUGCACUGAGGGAUCACCAGUGAUUGUAGGUGACUUGCAAACACCUGACAAGACUAAUUUAGAGCUGCAAAUCAAAGAUAUUGGGGAAAAUGAAGCCCUUCAAUUUUCAUUAGACACCAAGAGCCCAGAAAAUUUUGGGCAGUUUGAUAUGGUUAAUGGUUGCUUUGACCACCAUUUUGCUGAUGGUUCCGGCAAGGGUUUGACAUUGUCUCAGGUGAAAAAGAGUUGGUUGAAGAAGGUUCAGCAAGAAUGGAUCAUUCUUGAGAAAGAUCUUCCUGAGACAAUUUCUGUCCGUGUCUACGAGGACAGGAUGGAUUUGUUGCGGGCAGCCAUCGUAGGAGCACCUGGAACUCCAUACCAUGAUGGAAUUUUCUUUUUUGACAUUUUUCUUCCUCCAGAGUAUCCUCAUGAGCCACCUCUGGUGCACUACAAUUCGGGUGGGCUGCGUGUCAACCCAAAUUUGUACGAAUCUGGAAAGGUCUGUCUCAGUCUUCUCAAUACAUGGACUGGCAAAGGCACUGAAGUAUGGAGUCCAGAAAGUUCCACUAUUCUCCAAGUUCUCCUCUCACUACAGGCUCUUGUGCUUAAUGAAAAGCCUUAUUUUAAUGAAGCCGGAUAUGAUAAGCAGAUGGGAAGAGCUGAAGGAGAGAAAAACUCAGUGAGCUACAAUGAAAAUGCAUUUCUUGUUAGCUGCAAAUCAAUGUUAUACCUACUACGCAAGCCACCCAAGCAUUUUGAGGCACUUGUGGAGGAGCACUUUAGUCGACGCUCCAAAUAUAUUCUUUUGGCUUGUAAGGCAUAUAUGGAAGGAGCUCCAGUCGGCUAUGCUUUUGGUUGCGAAAAAUCCGGGGAAGAAAAUCAACAGGGAAGUUCUACAGGGUUCAAGAUCAUGCUUGCUAAGCUCAUCCCAAGACUUGUGGAAGCAUUUUCUGACAAGGGUAUUGAUUGCGGGCAAAUUUGCUGAACCCCGAAUUUGAAGGUGCUGCAAUGGAGGUAUGGAUUUAUAAAUUUUCCUGAUCAAGACAUCAGUGGAAUGUGUAUAAUUUAAGCUCUUCCUGGUAAAAGAUUUGGUUUCACUUUUUUUUUUUUUUUUGUUUGGUUUUGGUUAUGGUUUCUAUAUCGGUAUACUGGAGAAAUAAAAAGAAGAGAGAGAGAGACUUGAUAGUACAUGUUGUAAUAUAUGUUGUAUGGUGUGUUUUAUACAUUGUCACAAUCUGUUUGAAUGAAAUGAUGCUUUAAAAUAAA